CCCGCUCGGAGAGGACGCGCGAUAUCGCGAAUGUUAAAAAUAAUAACUUCGCAAAAACGGAUAAAGCAGAAACAAUAAAAAGACAAACAGAAAUCAACGAAAGUUACACGUAUAAAAUAUCAUAAAUAUAUUUCGUCAAAAUUAUAAUCUUUUUUUUUUUUACUCGUCGUUCGAAAUUCUCUUGCAUAUUAAUUUUUGCUCGGCCAAUCUAUAAUUAAAAAUAAAAGACGUUAUUUUGGUUUUUUCCUUCACCAUCCUGUCAGAUUGUUCAAUUUUAUUUCGAUCAUCGUCCAGUUAUUUUUGUUUGUUACUUUAAAAUUUUUUUUUGUGUUUUUUUAUUUGAAAAGAAAAUUAUUUUUUUCUCUCUGUUAUACCCACCUCGUAUACACGUUGGUUUUUUGAAGAAAAAGCAAAAAAAAAAACUAUCAAAGACUGUUAAUUUGGAAGAUAUGCGUAAACACGUGCUAAUUAAAAACGAAGGAAUAUUUUAAUUAGGAGCAAAAAAUUAAAAAAAAAAGUAAUAAACAAAUAAAGAAAGGAACAAAAUUAACACAGAAAAUGAACAAAUUUCAUCGAAUGAAUUAGCUGUAACUCGUGGUGAUGUAGAAGAAAAAAAAAUAUUAUAUCCGACCGAAUGUGUAGAGCAUCUAAAAAAAAAAAAAAAAACAGAUAAAACGAAUAUAUUGAUACAAAAAAAAAAAAAAGUGUUCACAUUUGAAGUGUCAACUGCGUAUGUUAUAUGUACAUUCCAUACGCCUGUAUAAAAAAAAAGAUCCACGAGAAAUCGAAGUUUUCUCCUAUAUUUUUUGAAUGAUUAUUUUUGGUUCUGAAAACGAAUGAAAUAACAAGAAGAAAAAAAGGAGAAGACAGUUUUUGAAAUUUGCAAUAUGGCGCAGACGUAUAAUCAGAAACGAAAUGUGUACAGCAUAGAUCAAAUUUUGGGUCAUCCCAAAGAAGAGGUUGACCACGCGACACGAUCGGACGUGGACGGUGAGAAUGGGGAAACGGAACUUGGCCAUUUGAGCGAUCAUCAGAUGAACGACAACAACAACGAUAUUUUGGAUCUCGGCGAGUCGGACAGACCAAGAAAAGUGAGAAGAUCGAGAACGACCUUCACCACCUACCAACUCCACCACCUAGACAGAGCCUUCGAAAAGACGCAGUAUCCCGACGUUUACACGAGAGAAGAACUCGCCAUGAGACUCGAUCUGUCGGAAGCCAGAGUUCAGGUAUGGUUUCAAAAUCGUCGUGCCAAAUGGCGAAAGACGGAAAAAGCGCUGAGACGUGAUACGAGCUUUAUGCACGUCGAACAAGGCGGUGUAAACGAGCUAUCGCUGCACGCUCACCUUCUGCAAACAGCUGCGGCGGGUCUUCCGAUGGUCGGUGGAGGCGGCGGGGGUGAAUCCGGUUGCCCUUCGUCGGGUGGCGCCGGUGCCACCGGUUUUCCCUGGUUCAUACCGCCGGUGUUUCUGCCCUUGUGGGCAUCGGUUGCGGGCGGCGGUCCGAAACUGCCGCCUCUUCACGCGACGCUGUCUCAGUACCGGGGUCUGAUUCCUCUGCCGCCGAACUUGGCCUCCCUGGGGGCGGCGACGGGUCUCCCCCUAGGUUCCAUGAACCAUCCGACGAUCAACGAUCUCAACUCCCAGAUGAACGGUAACGGAACGGGCGCCGGUGGCGUGGCCGUUAAUCCGGCCGGUUCGGUUCACCACAAUUUACAGAGCAAUCUGAACGCCCAGAUUCAUCUGCCUCUCAAUUUGGGUGUGCAAAAAUUGCCGCAAAAUUUAACGGCCAAACACAUCAACGAACAAAACGAAUUGUUGAUAAGGGACGACGAUUCCAUUUCCUCCGACGACGAUCAUCAGGUCAGAAGACUACACAGCGCCGAAUUAUUGAGAGUCAAAGCUCAGGAGGCUAUACGAAAAACCGACAACUAAUUGCAUUGUUUUCUUCUAUUUUUUUUUUUUUUUUUUUUUUUCAGUCUUUCGUCUUACUUUUUUCUUACCGUUUACCGAAUAAAAUCUAACGAUCCAACGUUCUCGAUCAGCAAGUGCGAACGAGAACGCAAAAAACAAACAAUUAGACGGUCUGUAGAUGAUAUUAUAUAGAUACAGUAUAUAGUAUACGAAUACCCUGCACUAUUACCCACAGUAAAACAAUAAUUAUUAUUAUUGAACAUAAUUACGAUCAUUAUUAUUGUAAUAAUUAUUUGAAAGAAAAUCAAAAAACGUGAAUAAAAUAAAUCGAAACGAAAUGAAAUAUGAUAAUAUAUGACUUCAAUUAUUAUAUAUAUGAAUUAUAUAUAGUUAUAAAUGUAUAUCGCUGCAUUACGUUGUAAGUGCAUAUAAUAUAAUUAAAGCGAGAGCCCUGAGUGUUGUUUCUUUUAUUUUUAUUUCUGUGUUUUCACUUUUCUCCUCUUCGUAGGGAAUUAGAAAAAAAUUAAUUAUAAUUGUAUGUGUAUAUUAAUAUUGUAUAUUGUUACAAAAGAAAAAAGUUAAAUCGGAAAAUGUGAAGAGGAGAGAAAUAAAAUAAAUCACACGACACUCCCAUAUGGCUUGUGUAAAUAUGUAUCAUUGUAUUAUUAUUAAUAAUAUUAUUAAUAUUAUUAUUGUAAGUAUCAUCAUUAUAUCAUUAUAAUCAUUAUCAAUAAAUAGGCACGUUAUAUAUGUAUAUAUACAUACCCAUAUGAAUUUAUGACCAUUAUAUACCGUGAGCGUCUGUUGGAGAGUAGUUGCGAUCGACGUAUGCUUCGAAAUAUUCUUAUUCCUCGUUCUACGAGCGAACCCGAGCUCCGGCUGGAGUCAGCGUGGCCAGCGGCGUAGACGCUUUGUUAUGAGGCGUCACCUUGAGGGUCGUAGAUCACAACAAGUCGCCUACACCUGUGGGUAGGCCGACUCCAGCGGAGCUCGGGUUCGCUCGUAGAACGAGGAAUACGAAUAUUUCGACGCAUGCGUUGAUUCCGACGAUUUUCAAC